AUGCCCACCACCGAAACCUCACCAUCCCCGGGUCUUGAUGUAAAUAUCAACAACCUCAUCCUCCUUCCCUACCCUGUCCGAGUCGACAACAAAAUACCACCCAAAGUGGCUGCUCGUGAUGCACGCAUGGUUGGGCCACAGGCGAAUCUUUUGCCCGACGGCAAACUCGUCCAGGUGAACGCCCUCGCCGCUCUUUCCCCUCCAAGUCAAGAUGCCAUGCUCCUGCGCGAACCGCCCGACGAUCCACCCCUCGUAGUCCUCGACGUCGCACUCGGGCAGCGCCAUGGGCUUCCCGGCCGCGUCCGUCCUCCCCCACGGCGACACGACCGCCAUGCCCGGGUAGGCCUUGCAGAACUCCCGGCCCAGCGCGAGGCCGCCGGCGCCGCACAGCGCCUCGGGCGUGCCCCCAUCGCCGCGGCCCGGGUAGACGCUGCAGACCUCGGCCAGGACCGUCAGGGCCACGUCGCGCCACGACAGCGCCGACCUGGCCACCGAGUGCGCCGCCAGCUGCUGCAUGUCCAGCAGCGGGUACACGCCCGCGUGGAUCUCGGCGACGUGGCCCUUGUCCUGCACGUCCUCCAGCAGCGCGCCCAGCUGCAGCACCGCGGCCAUCAGCUCCUGCGACGCGGGCGCGUCGUCGUCGUCGUCGUCGCCGCCGGCGCCUCGCACCCCGGCCUCGCUCGUCAUCUGCUCCAUCUCGCCGCUGAGCAGGUUCUGCACCGCCAGCGCCGUCGGCGACGCUCCCGCCGACAGCACGAGCGGCUGCAGCUCCUUGCCGCCCGCCGCCGCCGCCGCCGCCGCCCGCGCCUUGACGACCGCGUCGGCACCCUGCAGCAGCGCGCCGAUCUCAGCGGCCAUCAUGGCGACGGCGGCGGCCCGGCUGUCGCCGGCGUACGAGUGGCCGGCGUGCGAGUACAAGCCACUCAAGACGAUGGCGCCGGCGUCGUGCGCCCGCAGCGCGGCCUGGACCACGGCGGCAAACGCGGCGCUCUCGAGCUGCACGCCCGCCCGCCUGCCGCCCAUGUCGAUCUUGAGGUAGGCGUGCGGGGCGAAGUCGGCACCGGCGGCUCGCGCAAACUCCUCCAGCCGCUCGAGCUGCGCCGGGUGGUCGACCAGGACGGCGACGCUGCCGCGGCCCAGCUCCCUGCCCACGGCCGCCAGGCGCGGCAGCUGGCCCGGCGGCAGCGGCAGGCCGUACAGGACGCUGACGGGCCUCCCGCGCGCGCCGUACUCGCGCAGCAGCGGGAGGAGGAACUCGGCCUCCUCCAGGGUCGAGACGACGAUGCGCGCGGGCCCGUCGUCGCCGACCUGCAGGCGCGUCACCUCGGCCGUCUUGUGCGUCUUGACGUGCGCGCGCCACUGCAGGCCCAGGUCCCGCACGCACGACAGCAUGCGGCCGCAGUUGCGGCGGACCGCGGCCACGUCCAGCACCGCCGCCGGCGUGGGGAGCGACGAGAGCGGCUGCCCUACGUACUGGGACACGAGGGCGUCGCGGGGCGAGGAGGGGUAGAGACGGGGUGGUGGUGGUUGGGACAUGUUAGGGAUGAGGGGCUUGGUUGGUCGCAAUAG